UUGUCUGUCCAGACUUUCAUGUCACUCAGGGGGAUGCCUGCUAGGCAUUACGGGUAGCCUUGCAAACCCGGGGCCCCAUGCAAUAUAAAUUGGAACCAACUUCAUUUAUGUGAUGUAAUGGAUUAUAAUUAUUUAGAACCCUUAUUACUUGUUUUCAAAUAACUUGUGAAUUGCAUUGCUUGAAUUUUGCUUGAAAAAAAAAAUCGUAAAUUCUCCUUGAGGAAAAGAGUGCACGGUAAUCUUCCUACUUGCAGUAUAAGUUCAUUUCUAGUAUUAUUUGAUGAUCUGUAAACAAAUAUGAAUGUUUUGGGCCACCCGUAGAAGCUGUGAAGAAAGGUUUAAGAUUCCGAAUGCUCUGUUUGUCUAUUGAUUAUUAUUUCUCCUCCCAGCAUCUGUAUUGGUGGAACAUCAAAGGCUUCAUUUCCGCAUUAAGGCGAUGGAGAAAUAGACUUAAUUUUUAGAAAUAUUAAUUUUACCUAGUUUUAUCGUUAAGUUAUGCCGCUCUUCCGAAUCUUCUUCAACAUGACUUCUAUUGGGCUGAUGCGGCCAGUCACAUCUCACAGCGCCAUGUGUCGGCUGCUUCGUACGUCCUCUGUUCCUCUGUGUUGCCCUGAUACCCUCUUGCAUCGCGUGCCCGCCUCUUGUGUCCAGAAGUGGUCCCCGCGCUGCUGCCUCCGUCGUCUACACGGCGGCACCGUCGCCUCCACCGCCGCUGCCAAAACUGCGCUUGUUACGCCAACCCCCAGCAGCAGCAAUAGCAACGAGAGCACAAGGCCAGGCGCACGUUUCGAUGACGUACACCCUGAUUUUGCUCUCGACUCUGCCACUCGACAACGAUGGCUCUCUGAAUUACGCACAAGCCUGACGCACCCCGACUACUUCAGCGUGACCGACAUGUUCACUGUGGAAGACUUGUUCAAUGCGCGCUUGCACCUGGGCCACAAGGAGGGCAGCCUCAACGACUACAUGAGGCCCUACAUUCUAGGGUCGCGCCUCUCCCACAUCAUCAUUGACCUGGACAAGACGGUGCCCAGACUUCAUAAGGCACUCAAUUUUCUCGCGCAUAUCGCCUUCAGGAACGGAAUAAUUCUAUUUGUGGCACGGCAGCAGCAAUAUCAGUUCAUGGUGGAAGAAAUAGCUGCAGGUUGUAAGGAGUACGCACACACGCGGUGGUGGGCGGGUGGAGUGCUGACCAAUUCGACCAGCCAGUUCGGCUGCAUGGUCAGGUUACCCGACGCUAUCAUAUUGCUCUCCAUACACAACCAUAUUCUUGACAACAACAUCGCCUACUACGACGCGGCACGCAUGCGCAUCCCGACGGUCGGGGUGGUGGACACCAACUGCGACCCCAGGCUCGUAACGUAUCCGGUGCCUGCCAGCGACGACUCCAAGCACAGCGUCGAGUUUCUGGCUAAAUUGUUCGCCGCGGCAAUUAUGAGAGGGAAAGAGAAGAGAAAGAGCAUUCGGGGCGAGUGAUGAUGCAUUUUUUGUACAUUUCUCGAGUAAAAACUUGAAAAUU